GUUUUGAAACGGUGGCUGCCGAACGGGCCCUAAGUUAGUAAUGUUGUUUCGUCGCCUUGCCUCAACGUCGUCUUUACCAUUGACUAUUCGUCAACUGCUCCUUUCUGCGAACAAGUGCGAAAAUACGUCUCCGGUUCAAGUGCAUGGUUGGAUUAAAUCCGUUCGAAGGCAGAAAAACGUGGCCUUUGCGGUGGUCAGUGAUGGGACUUUUGCACCGGGUUUACAGGCUGUCUUGAGCACAUCAAAAAUACCGAAAAACUUAACCAACGGAGCUAGCGUACGGCUGAAUGGAACACUCGUGAAAAGCCGGGGGUCUGGUCAAGAGAGAGAGCUACAAGUUGAUACAGUUGAAGUAAUCGGAGAAUGUGAUCCAGAGACCUAUCCAAUUCAAAAACAAGCCUUAUCUGUAGAGUAUUUGCGCGACAAUGUCCACCUACGUGCUCGGACAGACUCGGUUGGUUCCAUGCUGCAUCUAAGAGACUCGACCCAGCGGGUCCUUCAUCGAUUCUUUGAGCGGCAGGGCUUUUGCUAUGUUCACACCCCAAUCUUAACUUCUAACGACUGCGAAGGAGCCGGGGAAACAUUCCGUAUAUCCACCUCGAUAUCCGAAACACCUCCUGCAACAGAAGAGCCCCCAGAACAAGGAUUCUUUUCCAAACCUUCUUACCUGACCGUUUCUUCGCAGCUACAUUUGGAAGCUUUGUCAUCCGCCCUGUCACGAGUAUAUACUCUAUCGCCAUGUUUUCGAGCGGAGCGGUCGCAAACAAGUAGGCACCUUGCCGAAUUUUGGAUGCUCGAAGCCGAGUGGGCAUUUACGAGCAAAGUGGGCGAUGUUUGCCAGGUAGUCGAAAACUCCCUAAAGGAGGUGCUGCAACAGCAUAGUCCAGAAAUUUCAAUCUUGAGGGAAAGCGGAGAUGAACAAAGGUUUCGGGCUAUUGAAGAUGCUGGCCAUUCCAGCCGAUCGUGGACGAAGAUAACUUACUCGGACGCCAUUUGCGAGCUAGCGAAUCACAAUAAUUCCUUUCCGACGUUCCAGUUCCAGCCCAGAUGGGGAAAGGCUUUGCAAAGUGAACACGAACGAUGGCUUGCAGAGCACCUCAUUAAGGGUCCUGUCUUUGUGACCGACUAUCCUGAAACUCUGAAGCCAUUCUACAUGCGUUUGAACGACGACGAGAAGACUGUGGCCUGUUUUGAUUUACUCAUUCCUCAUGUCGGGGAGCUUGCGGGAGGGUCCUUGCGCGAGGAAAGGUUGGGUAUUUUAGAUCAGUCUUUGGAAAAACAUAGGUUGGAUAAAAAGGAAUAUGGAUGGUAUGCCGACUUGAGGCGGUUUGGAGGUGCGCCCCAUGGAGGCUUUGGAAUGGGGUUCGAGCGCUUGAUCAGUUGGGUCAGCGGUAUCGAGAAUGUCAGGGAGUGUAUCGCAAUGCCGCGAUGGGCGAAAAGAAUGAUACUGUGACAGAUACAAUCUCAUACGAGACCCUACAUGAAUUAUUGUAGUCUCCAAAUUUUGGGGAAGGACGUGGCACAAUUCCCUGAGAGCUUCACAAAAUGCCUAGAUCUGGCGUCUUGU